CCUCCUGAGGUCCCUUCCAACCCUGAGAUUCUAUGAUUCUAAGGACCCAGGUUCCAUCCCCCCUGAGGCAAGACAGGCCCAUUGCUGAGAGGCUUUGUUGCCCCAGACUCACGGCUGCUCCCUGCUCAGUUCCAGGAUGGACGUGCUGAGAAGGUAUCUCAGGAGGAAGGUGGCCCCGGAGCCAGAGGGGAGCAGCUGCCAGCGUCCCCAGACAGAGAGCUGCCCCUCCAUCCGCAUGGCAUGUGAAGCAGGCCCCGGCCACCCCAGGAGAUGGUCCUGCUCGGCCUUGCUCACUGGGAGGAAACCAGCCCCCAGGGCUGGUGCUGAGCAGAGAGAGACAACAUCCAGGCCGAGAUGGAGGUGGCCUAAGUUCAAUCUGGGCAGGCAGGACUCAGCCCAUGGCAGGAGCCAGGCAACGCAGCUCUGGGUUUGCUUCUGCUGGAAGGCCUGCCCUCAUCCCAGCUGCGUGGGCCAGCAGGAAGCAUUCCCAGGGCAGGAGCUGGGGGAUCGCUGCCUCAGCUGCUUAACUGUUGCCGGAGAGGAGAGCAGCUACUCUCUGGAGGUUCUCUGCAACACGGAGGCUGAGUGGUCCUCCACUGCAGCAAGAGUCACCCUCUGCCCUUGUCUCUCUGAUGCAGAGACCCCCACAGACCAGUCAGAGAAGGACUUUGCCCCUGAGGAAAAGACAGAGGAGGAUGAAGACCCUGACACAGAAAGAGAGGAAGAGGAGGAAGAUCUAAAGACAGAGGAGGAGGAGAAGCAGGAAGAGCAAGUCCUGAUUAGUGAAAAAGAGGAGGAGGUGGAGGAGCUAGUGAUGAAAGAGGAGGAGAACAUUACCACUGAGGAGGAGGAAGACCUGGACACAGAGGAGAAGGGGGAGGAGGAAAUAUCUAUAGAAGAGAACAAGGAGGAGGAUGAGAACCUGUUUGCAGAAAAGGAAGAAGAGGAGGAGGAGGAAGAGGAAGAGGAGAAUGUGUCUGCAGAAAAG